AUGGAUGAUGCUGUCGCUGACACCGUUGGCCGGGGUGAGCCCGCAACCGACAGGCCUCUCCCCAACAUACCCAACCAGACCGACGACGUAUCCUACCUGCAGCCGGACUUCAACCCCGCCUCCCUCACGGUGCCGAAGCUGCGAAAUGUCUUGGCAACCCACGAGGUCGCCUAUGCCACAGCCAGAACCAAGAAGGAUCUCGUCAGGCUCUUUGAAGCCAACAUCGCACCGAGGGUGGCCGCCACAGUCCGGGCCAUGGCCAAGGUUCAGAGAACAGACGAGGGAAUUAUUGAUGCCUGA